AUGAUAACCCGCCAUACAGCUACGGUGCUGAACCUUCAUCCUGGUCAUUUCACGACCUACUUAGAGACCUGGACAAAUGGCACCUGCCUAUGGGUGAGCCGGGUCAUGGUGAGCACCCUUCAGUGCAGGACGACGAAGACGAAUAAGAGAAGCCGUAAUGAGGAAGAAGCAGGGGAAGAUGAGGAAGAAGAUGUCCUGGCCCUGUGUCGUGGCGGCAUGUUCCUGGCGGCGUCCGGCUCGCCCGCGGAUGCCAUGACCAGUGAAGGCGCGGCAGUCUGCCGCAUCUGCUUCCUGGGAACCAGUGCGGGUUUACUGCUUCAGCCAUGUCUUUGCAGAGGCACCAUCGGGUACACGCACCGAUAUUGCAUGCAGCGAUGGGUGUCCGAGCGCCGCGAGGAUCAGUGUAACAUUUGUCUCUACGUGUAUUCCAUAAGGAAGGAACCAAAGUCUUUGGUGGCCGCCUUCUUUGACAAAGAUGGGCGAAAGGAACCCCUGAUUUACCUGUUCCUGGGUCUGCUGUUCAGCAGUAGUCUUGCGCAUGUCUUCGGCUUUUCCAUCAUCCUGACGAUGAACCUGUGGCGCCAGCUGGCAUGGUACAUCAAGGUCUUGAAUACCGUCACCCUGUCUACCGAAUUCCUUGUUUGGGCCACAAUUCCUACAGUUGCCUUCAAAAUGGCCUGGGAGAGCUGUCAACGUUGGCGACAGCUGAACGCUGACUGGCAUAUAAUUCUGCCCGGAGACGGAGGCACGAAUGCCCAGCCGGCGAUGCCUACCUCUGCAGACGGUGCAGUCGCGUGACAUGCUGGAUUCAAGACCUUAUACUUCGAAAGGACAUUGAAUAGAAAUUGUCAAGAAUCAUU